CACGUCUUGGUGUUAACGACGCGUUGCCACAAACAGCAAAGAGAAAAAAGACACCAAGCGUUGCGUUGGUUAAACUAAACCGGAUGACCGAAUUGCAUCAGGCAGCAGCAGCGGGAGAUUAUGAUCUCGUGCAAGAAAUUGUGAAAAGAAAUAAGUGCAAUCCCAACCAGAAGGACAGUGACUGGAACAAUAAGACACCUCUGCACUGGGCAGCGGCUAAAGGUCAGACAGAAGUAGUUAGGAUACUGAUUGAAAAUGGAGCAAGAUCUUGUCUUCGAACUGAUAAUGGAUGGACACCUGCCCACUUUGCUGCGGAGUCAGGAAAGCUUCCAGUGCUGCGAUAUUUGCAUUCAGUUCGUGCCCCCAUAGACAUGGUGGACUGCUCUGGAGACAGACCUAUCAGGAUUGCUGAAAUCUAUGGGCAUAGAGACUGUGUUCAAUUCCUUGAAAAAGCAGAAACUGAGUGCAGGGACCACCGGCGUAUGGCACUUCUAAAAGGUCUCCCCCUAGAUGAGACUGAUGAUGACUGGGAGGAAGAAAGAAGAGAAGUGGACCAGCAGAAAAGGGCAAGGAGUCAGAAAAAGCACAAAGUCACAGAAGACUGGAAGUAACUAGCAAGCAAGCAAGAUGUAGACAGACCAACAGAUUCUCUGAGUUCCAGAAGAACACCAGAAUUGCAAUCAAAAUUGAAAUCUGUGGGAAGAUUCCUAGAAGAUGUCUUUUGUGGGAGCAGGUUAUUUGGAUUACGAGGCACCCUGCCCCUGGUAAUCAUACUGAACCUCUUACAUUUAGAUAUAUUGGAGAGCAUAUGUGUAUGAACAGAAUUUGGGAUACUUAAAUAAAAUAUUUCUGUAGUAUAAGGUUCAGUAGCAAACCAUGAUUAUUACUGCUACGCCUUCAGAUCAGGAUAAAAAUGGUGAAAAACACACGAAAAAGGAAAACAAAUAAAAAAGCCAUGAUAAUGCAAAUUUUCACUAGCAUCACUGUGGUAUUCUAGCAUGUUAAGCUAACAGUGAGUCACUUGAACAUUUUUAGCCACAUUAAAUGCAGACAUUUAAAUCUUGUAAAACACAUUGCAAACUUGACUGGCUGAUUCCAGCGUCAGAUACAAAUUAUGACAUUUAUUUAUUUAUUUAUUUAUUUGACAGAAAUCUCAUAUUUUGCAAUGGUGCACAAGCAUGUAUUACCUUUAUUAUUGG